UAGCAACAUGUUGCAUAUUAUAUUUUCAGGGUUAUACAUAUUUAAAUAUUAUUCUAAACAAUGAAACUAUAAGAAUGACUCUUCCACGCUAUGCAUCAAUCUUAGAGUCUUCAGAGAGCAAAAAUCAAAUUGAUUGUGUAGCAUUUUUCCAGUCAAUUUCACAACUUGAUGUUUGCAAUGAGGGUAGUUACCAUAGUUUUAUGAGAGAUUAUAGAAAUGUUUGUAUAAAAAUUGUUGGUGUAAGUGACAACAUUCGUUUCUGUGAUGUUAUUCCUGAUUCACCAGAGUUUGAUCAGUUUUCUGUUGAUUUAUGGAAGCAAUACUAUAUUCAAGAAGGCAUUGUCCAAAUUGCCUUGUUAGAGGACAAACAGCCUUUAGAAGGUCUCUUUAUUGGAACUGAUUCCGGUCGGGUAUAUCUAUGUGCACAAGCUGAUGAUUUUUCACAGCAAAAAGUUUUAUGUAUCUCACCAUCAUUACACAGCUUGAUUUGGAGAGGACCACAAAAUCCUAUUGAGUAUAACUCUGGAUGUAUGUUUGAUAAUUGUUAUGGCUGUUUUGAUCCAGUUCUACGGAAUAGAGUCUUCAGAUUCAAACAAUUUUAGUUUUCUAUUAAAAAAAAACAAAACAUAUCUUCACUUAUUCUUAUUAGAAUCCGAUUAUUGGGAGUUUUUUCUAGAGUUAAUUGUUGUAUUAGUUAUUUUGUUUUAAAUCAGUUAUUAUAUAUAUUUAUUUUUA